GAUCACUGUUACAGAAUGGACUCCAGUCCGGCGGGGACCCCCAGUCCGCAGCCCUCGAGGGCCAAUGAGAACAUCAACCUGGGGCCUUCAGCCAACCCAAAUGCCCGGCCCACCGACUUCGACUUCCUCAAAGUCAUUGGCAAAGGGAACUAUGGGAAGGUCCUACUGGCCAAGCGCAAGUCCGAUGGCACGUUCUACGCAGUGAAGGUGCUGCAGAAAAAGUCCAUCUUAAAGAAAAAAGAGCAAAGCCACAUCAUGGCGGAGCGCAGUGUGCUUCUGAAGAACGUGCGGCACCCCUUCCUCGUGGGCCUGCGCUACUCCUUCCAGACGCCGGAGAAGCUCUACUUUGUUCUGGACUAUGUCAACGGGGGAGAGCUCUUCCUCCACCUGCAGCGGGAGCGCCGGUUCCUGGAGCCCCGCGCCCGGUUCUACGCCGCCGAGGUGGCGAGUGCCAUCGGCUACCUGCACUCUCUCAACAUCAUUUACAGGGACCUGAAACCAGAGAACAUUCUCUUGGACUGCCAGGGACAUGUGGUGCUCACGGAUUUUGGCCUCUGCAAGGAAGGUGUAGAGCCUGAGGAGACCACGUCCACGUUCUGUGGCACCCCCGAGUACUUGGCUCCAGAAGUGCUUCGUAAAGAACCUUAUGAUAGGGCGGUGGACUGGUGGUGCUUGGGGGCAGUUCUCUAUGAGAUGCUGCACGGCCUGCCGCCCUUCUACAGCCAAGACGUGUCCCAGAUGUAUGAGAACAUUCUGCACCAGCCGCUACAGAUCCCUGGGGGCCGGACGGUGGCCGCCUGCGACCUCCUGCAAGCUCUUCUCCACAAGGACCAGAGGCAGCGGCUGGGCUCCAAAGCAGACUUUCUGGAGAUAAAGGCUCAUGUUUUCUUCAGCCCCAUAAACUGGGAUGACUUGUACCAUAAGAGGCUGACUCCACCCUUCAACCCAAAUGUGGCAGGACCUGCUGACUUGAAACACUUUGACCCAGAGUUCACCCAGGAAGCUGUGUCAACAUCCAUUGGCUGCACUCCCGACACGAUGGCCAGCAGCUCUGGGGCCUCAAGUGCAUUCCUGGGAUUUUCCUAUGCACCAGAGGAUGAUGCCAUCUUGGAUUGCUAGAAGGAAGCACCUUUGAAACCAGUGAACA